AGAUUCUUGUCCAUUUUAUUUAUGAAGAUGCCGUUGGCGGACCGCGGCAUAGCUUAGGUACUAAUAGAUGCGAAUUCAAUUCAAUUCUUACCGGAACGCUUUUAACUGUUCGGUAUUUACAUACUGUUACACAGCCUUAUCUUAAUGUCUUAGGUAAACAGGCACAUUUUGCAGAAAUAAGUUACACUUAGCUACCAUUUACAUUACUAUAAUAUAACUAGCAUGAUGAAUCCAUACGAAACUGACCCUGACAAAAUACCUGCAAAUGAUCUGUACGCGGAUGUACCUUUAUACGGCAGAUACUUCCCCCGCCCCACUGACUUCGAACCCGAUGCGAAGCAUAUUAACAGCACAACUCCAGAGUCCCUCAAGUACUGGUCCUCUGUGCUUGCACAAUGCACGGAACUCAACAGGAUUUAUGAAAACGAUGAAGGAGGGCGCGAUGUCUUUGCGCUUGGAAGCGUAAUCAUCAAGUCGAGUCACUUGAAAGUAACUCCCGAGGGCCGGCGAUCUUACCGCGACUACUCAUACGCCGAUGCAAACGAAGUGGAAGCUAUUCGCCUUGCAGGAAAGGUGCUAGAUGACAUCAAAGUUCCCCAGGUUUAUUUCGCUGCUAAGAUCGACGGACGGGAUAUAUUUAUACAAGAAAGAAUUCCCGGUGUCGGCUUAAACAUAGCCUGGCAGUACAUUUCACAGUCUCAGAAAGCUUCCUUCAAAGAACAAGCACGGCAAAUGCUACAGAAGCUGCGCACGGUUACUCCUCCAAGUAAGAUCAGUUGCCGAUCCUACAUCAUUCCGGAUCCAGACCCCGUACAUCAUCGCGGUAUACAACAAGUCGAGGAAGACAUCAUUCUUGCGGAUAACAAGGAAGACCCCGAUCUUAGCUUUAUGCAUAAUGAUGUUUCGCGGUCAAACUGCAUCGUCGAUAACGACAAGAUAGUUGGGCUCGUCGACUGGGAGAUGGCUGGUUUUUUCGGCUGGAAAACUGCAGCAAGUAUUCACGUUCGAAUUCGAUCUCCGAAGCGUGAGAAUUACGCUUCGCAGAAUCUGCCUAAGGAAUUACUGGAUGACAUCCUUUUCUGGAAUGAUUUAUAUGAUGUGGAAUAAUUGUGCUUAAGAAAUUGAAGAGCCCAUUUUCUCUUUAACUCAUCUUAAAGAAAUUAAAUCGAACUAGAUUCUUUAAUUCGUGAUAGUUCCCGUAACAAAAUAAAGUCCAAGUACCUGUGAGGUCGUCCGAAUUAAGCAGUGGGGGAUCUGGUCUGAGGUCACUUGAGAUAGUGUAAAUCGGGAUGAUGUACGCAAGGAUUCGGCUGGCCCCGGAUAGGCGGGUUCUAGGCCAAAGGUAGCCCCGGCGUUCGGAAAAACCGAGGAAUAAAAAG